AUGAUGUUAUGAAAUCCCAUAACAAGUUAGGAGUUUUUCUCCAGUUGAUACUGUUGUACUAUUGACUUUUAGCAUGGGGGCCAUGGGCAGUUAUUAAUGCGAUUCAUGCUUGUCAGUAGCGCAAUCAUUAGCUAGUAAGCACUGUGCAGUAUUUUUGUCCAUGUUUUUUUAUAUAGUACACGUACGAGCUUGCCAAAGAGGUAAAGCUUGUUGUACGCCACAUAAAUAUCUAUCGGAUUAUCGCUUGCAUUUGUAGAAACUUGCAAAUUAAUCCUACACUUGUUGUUACUGUAGGAGGCAGCAAAGUUCAGAAUCAUAUCCCCCAGGUAACUCUUGAGUUCUAUCUACACGAUCAAGAAGAGAAGAAGAAAGAAACUGGAUUAAUUAAGAAGCAUUUGAUUUUGUGGUGAAUUUAUCUAUGUCCAUAGACACCGACAUUUGGGACAUCCGAUAAAAUUGAAACGAGAGAUAUUGAGGGCUAAAUUAGAAGAUGCGGAACAUGGCGAGUUCAGCCUCAUCAAGAGGCAUUGCUGCCAUUGUUGGUGUGGGGCCGAAACUCGGCCGUUCUAUCGCUCGUAAGUUCGCCCAUGAAGGCUAUACUGUUGCUAUCCUCGCCCGUGACUUAGGUAGAUUAUCAAGAUUUGCUGAUGAGAUAGCUCGAGAAGAGAAAGCGCAGGUGUUUGCGAUCAGGAUAGAUUGUUCAGAUUCUCGAAGCAUAAGAGAGGCAUUUGAGGGAGUUCUAUCACUUGGGUUUGUGGAAGUUUUGGUUUACAAUGCAUACCAGCCAACAUCUUGGCACCCUACUAACUUCACUGACAUUAAAGUUGAACACUUUGAGAAAUCUCUUGCUGUCUCCUCCGUCGGCGCCUUUCACUGCGCUCAACAGGUACUUCCAGGUAUGGUGGAAAGAGGAAGAGGGACAAUUCUUUUCACUGGUUGUUCAGCUUCUCUUAGUGGCAUUGCCGGUUAUUCUGAUAUAUGCUGUGGAAAGUUUGCAAUGAGAGCCUUAUCUCAAUGUCUAGCAAAGGAGUUUCAACCUCUUGGAGUACACGUGGCGCAUGUCGUCAUCCAUGGUAUCGUAGGCACACCCAGAAUGGCAUCAUCAAGUUCACAACAGAGGUUGUUGGUUGGGGAACAACAGCACCAACAAACCAGCGGUGGCGCCGGGGAGGGGUGGAUGGACCCAGAUGGGCUGGCCCAGACCUACUGGCAUUUGCACAUUCAAGAUCGAUCCGCAUGGACCCAAGAGAUUGAUCUUCAUCCCUCCAAUCAAAGAUACAUGUAGUUCAAAGGAACAACUUGUAUUUCUGGCUUGUAAAGGUGUGAUAUAUCCUUCUUUUUUUACUUUAUUAUAGUUUUUGUCAACUACAAAUUGGCAUGAUACGUAAGGUAAACUGCAUCAUUACCAUUGUUGUGCUUAUAAAUCACAAAAAGGACUGUUGUGAAUGUGAAAUGUAAACAUAGACAUUUUGGUUAUUAAAGUGUGAGUGAUUAAUUGUGGCAAUAUAUAUUGCGACAUUCAA